UGUGGCGAUAUGUCGUAAACAGUGACCGGAAAUAAGAUCGUUAGCAAGAUGGCGGGAGAAAAGCGUGAAUCAGGUCGUAUCAAGGAUGUUCAGCAAAGGAGAGUGCUGGACGAGGCAGCCCGGCGCCGUAGACAGAGGAAGGCACUCGAGGCACUUGAACAAGAUAACUUUUCUGAAGAUCCUCAUGCUGAUUUGAAGAUGAGCAAGAAGGCGCCAAAGUUUGAGGAAGCAAUGGAUGCUAAUGCUACCAAGAGGAAGAGAAAAUCCAAAGGUGGUGAUUUCAAACAACGAUACCGAAAAAACUUUGCUGCUCUACUGGAAGAAGAGCAAAUGCUGAACAAGGAUGAAGCCUCGUACUUCAGCGCUGGUGUGCCCGCCUCCAAGAUGCCGCCAAGACACUUCUGUGCUGUGUGUGGGUUCCCCUCCAGUUACACCUGUGUUCAGUGUGGAGCUCGUUACUGCACCGUGCGAUGUCUGGGUACACACCAUGACACCAGAUGUCUAAAAUGGACAGCUUGAAAUCGAGUUCCCAUCCAGUACUUGGUGCCAUAUGCUGCCUGGAUAUGCUUGCCAGAGAUGAAGACCAACCAAGUUGCGGCUGCUGCUGACAGUUUGACAGGCGCAUGGGCGGAUGAAAUGAUCCAAUGAUCACGGCUGCCAUUUGACACUCAGAGCUAUGGACAUAAGAUGGAGGCAGAAAAUAUGUGAUGACAUCUCACAUUUUCCAAGCUGGGAGAUGUAGAGACUUAAGAGGCAGGGGAGGCAAUCCCUUUGGAGAGAAUCAAGUUCAGGAGAGGCAACCCCUUUGGAAAGAAUCGUAUUCAGGGGAGGCAACUCCACAGAGCUUUGUGGCAAACAUUUGCUUCAUGAGGAGAUCUUUGAAGUAGAUGCUCAGACAAAUCUAUUCAGUCAUUUUCUUGACGGGUCUACACAUAACGACCUUUAAUGGAGGCUGGCAAUUUCUAAAUUUUAAAGCACAGUUAUAAUUCUACCAGGUCUGGAUUCAAGAUUGGCUUUGAUGAUUGCCUUCAAUCCACGUUUUGUUUAAUGCCUUGCCUCUUUCAUGUCAGUAAAAUAUUUCUGUCCUUGUCACUGCAGGUCAGUUUAAGACAGAAGUGAUGCAAGUGUGGUACAGACAAACCAAGAGUCAUACCAUUAUUUGAAGGGAAUUGAACCCAUGAUGUUAGGUUUUUGGCUUACUGUGCGGCCUAGCCGUCCUUUUGGUGGUUACGUCAACCAAAGCCUCAUCCUUAUGAACUGUUGAACAUGAACGGUUUCUCUCAUGAUGUAAACAGGACUGUUGCGGUGUUCCUAGGAGGGCUGUAAUGAUGGUGGCCGAAAUCUGUACCAAAUUAUGAUCACUGGUAUAGGAAAUGUUGCUGAUGUCCAGUGUUAUCAUCUACGGGGACAAAGUGCCCGAAAUGUAUGGUUGUUGUGCCACAAAGUGCCCUAAAUGUAUGGUUGUUGAGCCACAAUGUGCAAUAAAUGCGUUAUUUUCA